AGAAAAUGAGUGCCCAAAGGAAAGUCGAUUGCCCUCCUAGCAAGUCAGUCCGUGCACGAGUUUCCCUCCCGAUAAGUGUGUUGAAUACGGAUUUUCCAAGUUCGCCGGUAGAGUUCUUUAAUACGUUGGAGUAGGGCUUGGAAUGUGGGUGCACAGCUACCCUCCCCGGAGAUAAAAUUGCGCACCACCAAGGAGUCCACCUCAAGUAUCACUUUCCGAAAACCUGAAUUCCAAGCCAACUCUAGACCCGUAAGAACUCCUUAUAAUUCAGCCAUCGUGACAGAAGUGAUUCCAAUAUUUUGCAGAAAAUCGAUCACCCAACCAUCACUAUCAUUGCGUAUUAAGCCACUAGCCCCUGCUAUUCUUGGAUUCCAACGAACAGAGCCAUCGGUGUUCAACUUGAGAAAAUCUUCGAGUGGCUUCAACCAGCGAAUGUCCAUCCAAACCUUAUUGCUACCACCUCCCACAGGCCGAGCUGCUGCCUAGGACUCUCGAAAUCCCGAGGCAGUGCGAAUAAUUGCUUGUGUACCCGACUCCGGGCGGGAGAAAUCGGGGUCAAACAACACUUUAUUUCGCCAACUCCAUAUUAACCAACAACCCGUGGCAAAGAUAGAAGGCCUGGAGUGGAAUGGUUGGCCUACUUGUAUAUCCUUCUAAUUAACUUCCAACUUCGAAUAACCUCUAUCUCCUCCUAAUUGCACCAUACAAUGUCAACCACUGAGGGCUCUCCUCUCCCCAAAAAUCUUCAGCCUGACAACCUUUUUGUAAGUGGUCGAAAUCUUGGGCGCCGCACAACAAAACCAUCAUCAGUCACCAUAUAUAUAUAUAUAUAUCUAUCGAUCUAUCUAUCUUCUUCAAGUCAAUUCUUCACUUCACUGCCAACGUACUUCCUGAUUACCCCUCUCUCUCAUCCACCAUGUCAGCCCCUAACAACUCUCGCCUCCCCAAAUAUCUCCAAGAAGUCGACAACCUAACAGAUGAAUGUAGAGAACUCAUUAGCACACUCCCAUCCGAGAUGGGUUGGCUCCCGAUGUUCAUGCACUUCUACCAGGGCAUCUGGUACAGCACCCGCACACUGAAGGCGAUCCUCCAGGUUCAACACCACUUCAGGGCUCUGGACUCCGACAUCGUCCUUGUGUCCACCCCCAAGUCAGGCACCAUAUGGCUUAAAGCCAUCCUCUUUUCCCUCCUAAACCGAUCCUACUACCAUUCUAAUAAAAAAGUGGAUCAUCCCUUGCUCCGGAAAAAUCCGCACGAACUCGUACCUUUCUUGGAAAGCCUCCACAUGUUGGACACGAAUCCGGACCUCUCCUCAUUCACUUCCCCAAGGCUGUUUGCCACCCACAUCCCCUUCGGAUCACUUCCAGAGUCCAUGAAGAAUUCCAAAUGCAAGAUUGUGUACUUGUGCAGGAACCCGAAGGACACAUAUGUCUCCCUAUGGCAAUUUACAAAUAAUUUACUGCCCAAGGAAACUGGGACGACAAGCCCACUUGAGGAGACCUUUGACAAGUUUUGCAGAGGGGUGAGCAUGUACGGACCAUUCUGGGACCAUGUCCUGGGCUACUACAAGGCCAGCUUGGAGAUGCCCCAUAAGGUCUUUUUCCUAACGUACGAGGAAAUGAAGGAGAAACCUCGUGAGCAGUUGAAGAGAUUGGCUGAUUUCCUGGGCUGCCCUUUUUCGGAAGACGAGGAGGAGGUUGAUGGUGGGGUUGAUGAGAUCCUACGGCUCUGCAGCUUCAACAAUUUGAGCAAGCUAGAGGUGAAUCAGAACGGGAAACUCUCGACAGGGCACGAGAACAAGUCGUUCUUCAGAAAGGGCGAAGUGGGAGAUUGGGUAAGCUAUUUGACUCCUGAUAUGAUUGAGAGGAUCGACCGCAUCACUGAGGAGAAGUUCCAUGGGUCGGGUUUAAAGCUCUAGAAGCGAUUUGGUUGAUCUCCACUUGUUCAUUGCCUACUCUCCAGUACCAAUGCAACCUAUACCAACAGUACUCGAUUUACUGUUUACAUAGACUGCAAACUCUCCCCUAGUAAUGAUCAAAUUAUAUAAUAAUAAUAAUAAAUAAAAAGAUGUAGCGCAAUGGUGCACAACGAACAGAACUUGGUUCGCUGCUAUUUGGUGAUAAUAAACUUCUUUACCCCGCCUUUGUAUUUCUCAGGGUGUUUUUCUUUUGUAAUGGGAGUUGGCUGCAUUAUCCUACUGAAGAAAAAGAGGGUGUAGUA